AUGUCGCGCGGUUCGUCUCCCACCCCUGGGAUCGAGUCUGCUGAACUCGCCCUCACCAUGCUUUCGCUCCACCGCCCUUCUGCGCGCACCACGCGCUCAACCCUGUACGGCUCCGACUGGAGCAGCUCCAGCUCCAGCGAUGCCGAUACCGAUAGCGAAUCCAUCUUUGUACGAGGGCCAAAUCGUCGCCCCGCUCGCGCUCGGGGCGUUCGUCAAGGCCUACAGAACCUCGACCAUCCUCCUUCGCCGUUUGGAGCGUGUCGUCUUGGAGCCCCUCGCCCAUCUCAACCUCCACGCCCAAUGGCAGACCCAGCCGAGGCAGAGCCGAAGAUCGACGAGCCUCAAGAACUGGUGCCUCGACCCGAUCCCGAGUACGUGGCCGAGGCACUGCGGUCCGCAUGGCACUCGAUCGAGGCACUGGCGAGAGAAUACGUUCCGCCAUUCAUGCGCUGGUUGAGCGGUGCAGAGCAUCCGGAUAGACUCGCUCCCAUCGUACCCAUCACAUUUCUGGCCGCGCUGUACUUGCGUCCGAAGUGGGUCCGGUCCACCGUCCGACUCGCAGCACUGUUAGCAAAGGAGACCGCGCGGUUCUACAUCGUGAUUGUGCGCGAUGGACCCUUUGGCCUCUUCCGACAGACCGUGUAUCACCAUGUUCUAUCAAUCCGUUGA